CUUUAAAUCAAUAAACGAAAAAUUAGUUCACUCACAUAUUCACCAACAACAAGCAAACAUAUUAUAUAUUUACAAUAACAUAAACAAUGGAAUUCGGUAUUUGGACUCACACAUCUCUAUCGGACAUCGAAGAGGAGGACAAGGAGUACAUUGUAGAGAAAAUACUGGACCGUCGCAUACACUUGGGGGAAUUGGAAUAUUUUGUAAAGUGGCAAAAUUUUCCAGAUGAGGAUAAUACCUGGGAGCUAUCAAAAUUCCUAGACUGCCACUCAUUGAUAGCUCAAUUUGAGUCUCAACGGGCCAAGAAGAACCUCAAGCGUCAAGCUGAGAUCAAAAUAAAUGAGAUUUACGUCGACAAAGCAAAAAAACUCAAGAUUGAGCCAUCUUUAAUAAUGGACAAUGCUUUCGAUUAUGGCCACAUAGCUGAAAAAAUACUGUAUGCCAUAAAUAGCAAUGGGAAAAUAUUAUUUUUGAUUCAAUUCAAGCACCUCGAUCAACCGGAACUUAUUGCGUCCGACAUGGCAUACAGCCAUAUACCAAUGAUGGUAAUCAAGUUCUAUGAGGAGCAUCUUAAGCUCCUGCACGCCUUUUCCACCAUUUGAAUAGAAACUUUUAUGUUCACGUCUUAUUGUAUUCAAUUCGUAUAUAAAUUAUAAUUGUAU